GCCGGGAUUCGGACUAUACGGUGCGCGGCUGGUGGUGUCUUAGUAGAGAGCUGCUGCUGCUCUCAGAUGUUCUCUUCCGAUGGGCUUUUGGUGUAGGAUGUUGGAGAACCAAGAGCUGGAGGAGGUGAUCACGGUGCGUGUUCAGGACCCCCGGGUGCAGAAUGAGGGCUCCUGGAAUUCUUACGUGGACUAUAAGAUCUUCCUUCAUACGAACAGCAAGGCUUUUACCGCCAAGACCUCCUGUGUGCGGCGCCGCUACCGUGAAUUCGUGUGGCUGAGGAAGCAGCUACAGAGGAAUGCGGGUUUGGUACCUGUACCUGAACUUCCUGGGAAGUCCACUUUCUUUGGCAACUCCGAUGAGUUCAUCGAGAAGCGGCGGCAAGGUCUACAGCUUUUCCUCGAAAAGGUCCUGCAGAGCGUGGUCCUUCUGUCGGACAGUCAGUUGCACCUCUUCCUUCAAAGCCAGCUCUCAGUGCCCGAGAUUGAAGCCUGUGUCCAGGGCCGAGGCUCCCUGACUGUGUCUGAUGCCAUUCUUUGUUAUGCUAUGUCAAACUGUGGCUGGGCCCAGGAGGAGCGGCGAAGCACCUCUCACUUGGCAAAAGGAGACCAGGUUAACAGUUGCUGUUUUCUUCCGAGAUCAGGUAGGAGGAGCUCUCCUUCCCCGCCUCCCAGUGAAGAAGAGAAGGACCGCUUAGGAACUUGGGCUCCAGUGAUUGACUCUGAGGGUCCGUCCUUGGAAAGUUCCAUGCUGCCACCCAGCUCCUUACCGUCAUGCUGUGAUCUUACUGCAAGACACGAUGAGGGACUCUGUGGGUCCCAGCCUGUGAGAAGGGCUGUGGGAGGUGACCAUGCUGUGCCUUUGGAUCCUGGUCAGCCAGACACAGAGUGGGGAAAGUGAGCUGUGGCUGAGAUCUAGGUUCUCUUGGGUGGUGGAGAAGAUGCAGGCCACAGUCACAUCCAGAUGGGAUGGGCCCCGGGCAUCUGUUAGGGAAGCUUGGCUGUUUAGUGUCUUCCAUCCACAUCUUCUCAGGUUUGCUCUGCAGGGGUGGUUGUGACUGCCUGCUCUAUCUCCUCCAAGGGAAUAGGCACCAUGCUGGUGUUUGUUAAGUUAAGCACAGUGCCCAGAAGCUCUUGGUGU